UGAGAGGCAGCGUGACGCCAAGCCCUCUGCAACUGGAAGGGCCCCAGGGCCACUUCCCCGAAGUUGGGCAAUGAGUGUCAUGUGCGGCACCGUGCUUCCGAAAAUUGGCCUGCAAAGCUUCCUGCCCUCCGGGCAGGGGUCAGGCAUUGCUUUCCUCACCUGCAAUCCGCUUCCUCUGACGGCGGACAGGCUGAGAGAGGGGAGGGCUCGGUGGUCAGGCUGGAAUUGGGGUUGGGGGCUGCUCUUCGCCCCACAUCCCUCCUGCAGGGCUGGGAUGCUCCCAGGUGCAUGCUCCUUGGUAGCAUCCCAGAUGCUACCAAGCAGUGCCCUGGGAAAGCUAUGUGGCAAAAGGGGUUGGAACGGCAGCAUCGACAUGGGGGAUGCAAACACCUCCCUACCUUGCUUCUCUGAAGCGCUUCCCAUGGGUGGUUCCUCCUUCCAGCACCCCAAACCUGCACGGAGGGGAUGGAGGGGCACUCUGUGCCUCUGCACCAUCCUCCAUCCGUUCUCUGGAGCAGCUUUCCUGUGACGGCGAUUCCACGUUGCACAAUGCUUCUUCCGCUCUCAGGAAAGCACCCUAUAAACCCGCGUGUCCCCGGUUCCUCUCCAGUCUGCAGAGGCGGCCGAGGAGGAAGCAGGCAGCACAGGGUCAGCUGAGGUGUGGAAGAGCCGUACCGUAUCUGUGAGCAUUGCCCAAGAGUCACCUCCAGCAGACGCUGCUGCCCCACGUCCCCAGCAGCCAAGCCCUUUGCUGCAAGCAUGGACAUCAUAGAGAAGGUCUUCUCCAUCGCCCAUGCCAUCCACAGCCAGUUUGAGCACGUCAAGUGCUGCAAGCACCAGUGCCAGCGCCUCGUGGAGCGCAUCCACAUCCUGCUGGAGCCUGUGCGGAUCCUGCAGGCUCAGCCAUCGUGGCAGAUCUCCCACCAUGAAGAGCAAAUGCUGAUGAAGCUGCUCCGGGCGCUGGGGGAAGCCCAGAACCUGGUGACAAAAUACAGCCAGACCAGCUGGAUCCAGAAGUUCCUGAGUGCCCGCAGCAGUGGAGAGGAAUUUGUGUGGGUGAACAGCAGCCUGGAGGACAUCGCCCAAGGGCUCUCACUGCUGCUACAAGCAGAGCAGAAGCAGGCAUUGCUGGAGGCAUUCCAGGCAAAGAUCUGUCGCAGGCAAGAUGCUGAGGAUCUGAGGGACGACAAGGCUUUUCUGGACCAGGUGAUUGCAAGUACCAAAGAGCCUGAAGAUGCGGCCUGGGAGACCCAAAUGGGCAGUCAGUGUGUGGACAGCAAGGUAGACUGGAUGCAAGGCGAGCUGAACAAAAUCGUGCGUGUGAUGGACAGCUUGAAGAAGGUCAAUGUUGGUAAAAGGGAAGCCAUCACCGAGAUCGAGCGGGGCCAGCUCACCUUCCGCAGGCACCUGCAGGACACCGAGCGCUACGACCUGUAUGAGGGAGAAUAUCUCAAGUACCCAGUUGCCAUCAAAACCUUCAAGAGGCCGCUGACCACCGACACGACGAAGGUGAGAGACAUUUUCGAGAAGGAGAUUCAGACCCUGAAGAAGUUUGAGUCUCCAAACAUCCUGCGCAUGUAUGGGAUCUGCAUUGAGGAGAAAGAUGGGAUCCCCUGCUUCUCCAUUGUCAUGGAGUACUGCAAGCAUGGGACGCUGCGGGAGGUGCUGACCAAGCAACAGCAGCUCUCCUGGGAAGUUCGCAUUCGGAUGGCUCUGGGAGCUGCCAGGGGCCUUUACAGGUUGCACCAGACGGAGGAGAAGUCCCGACUGCAUGGCUGCAUCUGCAGCAGCAAGUUCCUGGUGGCUGGGGAUUACUGUGUGAAGCUGUCAGGAUUUGAACUGUGUGAAACAGAGUCUUCCAUCAAGAGAAAAGUCAAUAAGAAGAACUUGAACCAAGUCUGUAUGUUGGCUUACAUCGCCCCUGAGAACCUGAUGGACGCCUAUUACCCCUACAAGAGGUCCUGUGAGAUAUACAGCUUCGGGAUCGUGCUGUGGGAGAUUGCAACCUCCAAAAUCCCAUUUGAAGGCUGCUCUCUCCAGGAGAUCAAGGACAAAAUCUGUGACCACCAGUACCAGGACCCAGUUGGGGAAGGCUGUCCUGAAGAGCUGGAGAAAGUCAUCAACCAGUGUCGGGCCUUUGACCCGUUCCAGCGCCCGUCUGCUGAGCAGAUCGUGGACCUGCUGGCUGACCUGGAGAAAAGGAGGAGCCAGGGGAGCUAGCUGCGGAGGGCCCGUGCAGGCCGCCCAGACCAGCCUCCCUGCCUUCCACCCUGCGCCCCCGUGACUGCAAGCGUCAAACUGUUAAUAUAUGUUUAUUUGUUUAAAUAAUACUGGAAAAUCUCUGAGUGGUGUCUACUUUGCGUUCCUAGAGGCCUGCGGCGCGGCUCCCUCAGGCCGCUGGGCCCCGCUGUCAUGGCAACGGCCCCCUCUCCAGCCUCG